AUGGUCAACUGGGGCAAAAUAAUUCUGGGCGCGCGAGGCGUCCAGGCACUUCUCUCUGUCGUCGUUCUCGGCCUCAUGGCUUAUGUCGCCUCAUGGUGGACCUCCCACUGGCGCGCCAUGUCCCCUGUCGAGGUAAACUUUAUGGUUUUCUCGCCCGUCUGGUCCAUCCUCGCGCUCGUCCCUCUCGUCGUCGUCCCCAUGAAAUUCUCCUCCUUCGCCUCCUCCAAAGCCGGCAAGUUCGGACUGCUCGGCCUCGAGAUCUUGACCAUGCUAUACUGGUUCGGCGGCUUCAUUGCGCUGGCGGUUUUCCUGAGGGACCGCAUUUGCUUUGGUACUGUGUGCGAUAUUGCGAAGGCGGGGACGGCGCUGAGCGCGGUGAACUGGUUGGUGUGGAUGGGGAGUGUGGUGUUGAGCGCGGUGAUGUGCUUUAGGAGAGAGCAGGUUGCGCCGAUGCUGAAGGAGCCGAAGGUGGAGAUGCACCAGGGUGUCUAG